GUAAACAAAUAUAAAUUAAAUGUUGGUAUCAUCAAUGUUAGUAACAGAUUUGUGUAACCGAGUCAUAAAACUCAACCCUCUUCUUUGACUAUUCCUAACAUGAAAAGGUCAAUUCCCCCACAAUUUCAUUUUUCCACCUACUCUCCCAUUCCUUCAACUAUACUUUUUCAACCCUUUCAUUUUAUAUCUUUAUUUUUCUUUCCCUCAUAUAAUUAAUCAUAUAGUAUAUAUACUAUACAUGCAUGUUUGUUUAUAUACUAUGCAUGGAUUAGAAAGUAAUUAACCAAAGUAAUUAGCAUGGAAAACUCAAACAAAUCCAAGAAUUUGUUUCUUAAGUUCUUACCAAAAGCAGCUUCAGCAGUAAGCUUUCAAAACCCUCAAUUUAGUCCUGGAAGAGAUCAUCAUCACCACCACCACAACCACCACUCGUCCAAGGCUAAGGCCCACGCACAUAAAGGCUUCUCCGGGCCAAUCAACUACUCAGUGUUACCGGACGAGGCCCGAGAAAAGCCCAAAAAAGAUGGAUCAACCUAUGAAGCCCAUGAGCCCACCUCACCAAAGGUAUCUUGCAUGGGACAAAUCAAGUACAAGCACAAGAAAAAGAAGUUAAGAAAAAUAGCUUCUAAAAAUAAAACAAAUAAUGUCUUUUUAGAAGUUGAUCAUCAAAAAAUGCCAAGUACAAAAUCAUCGCCUUUUAGUAAGUUUUUCAACAAAUCAUUGAAGAAAUCAAAGGGUAGUCAUCAAAGUGAAGAACAUGGUAAGGAAGGUAGAAGAGCUACACUAGAUAAUAAUAAUCAAAAGAAGAAGAAUAAUGUGCCUUCUUUAGGCAUGAUGAACAAGUUUGCUAGUGGAAGGGAAACCCUAGCUAACUUUGAUUGGACGGCUCAGAUCGCUCCGUUAGAUCAUGAUCGAGAUUAUUAUUCUGAUGAUGAGGAGAUCAGGAGAGCUAAUAGCGACGACGAUGAUGAAGAUGAUAAUAGGGAGGUAAUAAUUCCAUACUCCGCGCCUAUGUUAAUAGGUGGAAGAUCAAGGGAUAAUAAUAAUGGUACAAAUGAUGUGAUUGGAGGAAGAAGGUUAUCUUUAGAACCAAGGAAAGAAGUUAAUCUUUGGAAGAGAAGAACUAUGGCUCCACCUCCUCCUCUUGCUUUGAAUUCCAACAAGGUUAGAUCAUGAGAUUAUAUUAUAAUUAGUUAAUUAUAUAUUAUAGAAAUAUAAGUAAUCAAUUUAUCAUACAAAAUACUAGUGUUUUUUUUUUUUUUUUUGUUUUCACUUUGCCUUGUAUGGAGUAUUUGAUUUUCAUCUUUAUUUUUUUUCUCUUGUAAGUUGUAAUUAAUUAGAUUGUUAUGUGUUAAUUACAAAUGUAUGUUUCCACAUGGACAUAAAUAUAUGGUGGAUUUUUGCAAUUUAAUGUCUUCAUUUAUUUUCACGUUACAGAAAUAACGAGCAAGAAUUCAAUGUAUGACAUUGUUGUUGAUAAGUUUAUUAUGUAAUCAUUUUGCAAAGAAAUGGAAGUUUUGGUUGGUUACAUGUACCAUGUAAUUAAGAGUAAUAAUAAAACCAUUAUGUACUACUCCUACAUAUUUUACAAUA